CCGAAGAGGCUUCGGAACCAAGAAAAGCCGAUCGUAAUGUGCACAAAGAAUCUGUGAGACCUCGAGAAGUCGUUUUGUCAACAUCAAGACGAGAAUCAAGGACUUCCGCCACAGAAAUUCUAUGUGUAUUCCAUCACAUCAGUACUUCUAUCUACAUCAUUUCAUUCUUUCUUGCGCUGCAUGUCGUGUCGGAAUCAACUCAGUACGAUGAAUUCAGUUUUCCUACGGAAUUUUCCUGCGGGAGAAUUUUCUUGCGGACUGUUCUUUGAACUUCUCGUUUCCAAUCCUACCUAUUGAUCAUCAUUCCCUAUGCUGAAACGAAUGUCGCGCUGUGUGGUGCAAACCGGUAUUUUUAUACCGAGCUCGAUUGCAGGUGCUCUUGAAGAUCAAGAAACCAAGGCAGAAUCUUGGCAGUGAUCUGCAACAAGGGUACUGUGAGAUAGCUAGAUCGGUAGCAAUUGACGGCGGGCAAACGCGGUUCCAAAGGUAUCGAACAAAUGGUCCUCGAAAUAGGCUCGAGACGAACCACUCGAAUCAAUCGCCGUGGGUGCGUGCUUACAAAGUCAGACCAGCCUAGAACUCCACAGAAAAAGAUAUCUAUGAAUUCAAUACUUCCAGCGGGGGGGGGGGAGUAAAUGAACAACACUAACGUCGAAUGAAUGAACUGCAGUGGAUUGGAUCAGAUAGAAAUCGAACAGGCAAGCUUACGAUCGAUGUACCCUUCACAUCAUUUGAAUUUCGGUUGCUAGUGGCGGUAGUGGUCAAUAUAGAUUGCCCCGACGGAAAUAUGAAACUUGUGUUCUCUCCAUGGAUUCAAAACAAUUGCAGCCGCAGCUUGCCUAUGGAAUUUGCAGAUUGCAAGGGAGGACUGAUUAGAAUUGAAAAGAUGCCUCGCACAAAAUAACCUAAUUACUGCUCAGUAUUGUACUCUUUUUCAAGUACAGUACGUUAUACUUAAGGUGAAGGUUCUUUCCUAAUGAUACGUUAGUGUUUUAGGUUUUUUCUCUAAAAAGUAAUUUAGACAUUCAUUAUGGGGCCAUUCAACGUUACUGUAGGAUAUUGGUUCGAAGCAGCAUGAAUGGUAGUGGAAAUCGUUUAGAAGAAUAUCAACAGAAUCCCAAUAUCGGGGGUUGAAAAGUAUCCUCUUGACCAUUUCAUGUUAGAUCAUCAUUAGGUAGACGAACAAGAAAGUAAUUGCUUGCUAGGCAUUACAAUAUAGAUUGGAAUGUUUUAGAGAACCAGGGUUGGUAACACAGGGCCAUCUUCGACAAGAUCAACUUCUCGGGGUUCGGUUACUCUUGCCCGACUUCUGCUUCUUGCACGGGUGUUCCUUGAUUCUCUCGGACGACUACAACUCCGGGCCCGGCUUCUACUGGAUCGAGCUCUAGGUUGGCUUCGACUCCGUCUUCGGCUACUGCUUUUUGGUGUGUCUCUUGCAGAGCUGUCAGACCUAUUCUUAGGUCGACUGCGACUCCGAUUUCUACUGCUGCUAGACUGUCUUGGACAACUGCGACUCCGAGCUCGGUUGUAGCUCUUUGUCCUAGGACAACUUCGGCUACGAGCGCGACUGGCACUAGUUGCUCUAUCUCUACUAGAACGGGUACUCUCAGGCCUUCUUCGAGGCUGGCUUCGACUUCUGGCCCGACUGCUGCUCCUGACCCUGGGACAACUUCGACUCCUGGCACGACUGGUACUUGUCGGCCGUCCUCGAGGCUGGCUUCUACUUCUUACACGGCUACUACUUCUUGCCCUACCUCCACUAGAGCGGGUACUCUCGGGUCUAUCUCUAGGUCGGCUAUGACUCCGUGCUCGACUGGAAGUCCUGGGUCGAUCUCGUGGUCGGCUUUUGCUCCUAGCACGGCUACUACUUCUUGCCCUACCUCCACUAGAGCGAGUGCCCUCGAGUCUAUCUCUGGGUCGACUGCUGCUCCGUGCUCGACUACUACUUCUUGGCCUGUCUCUACUAGAACGGGCAGCAUCUCUAGGCCGACUUCGACUCCGGGUACUGAUAGUGCUUGGAGGCCUAUCGGCUCUAUCUCUGGGUCGACUUUUGCUCCGAGCUCGACUGCUGCUCCUAGGUCUAUCUCUGCUGGAACGGUUAGUUUCUCUUGGUCGACUUUUGCUUCUAGCACGGCUGCUACUUCGAGGUCUCUCUCUGCUAUCUCUUGGUCGACUCCGGCUCCGAGCCCGGCUGCUGCUUCCAGGUGUUUCUCUACUAUCUCUUGGUCGACUCCGGCUCCGAGGUCGUCUGGUAGAAAGUAGUGCUUUGGAUCGCGACGUGCCUCUAUUUUUUUCCAAACGUUUACUGUUGGUAAUGUAGGCCAUGGGCUUACCACGCGAUCGACUACUGCUUUUACUCGAUUUUGAUUUGGAAUCGUCCAUCCUGACGUACCAGGUGGAUGGUAUAUCUUGAUUCUCUCGACUGCUAUUGCUGCGACUGCGAGCACCCAAACUAACUGUUCUUGGAAGCUCCAUGCCACCAUCCAUGCUCUUCAUUUCCUCAACUCGGCGUUUCCUGAGCGUGAACAUAUUCUUCAGAAAGAAACCCGCUACAAUCGCACCAAGCAUGAAACCCAACGUGKAGCCUCCAUUUCCUGUGUCUACUUUUGUGCAGCAUAGUUCCUGAUACUUUUCUUGCCCCACCGAGCACAUGGCGUUGUCAUAUCGCAACAUUGCCAACUGAAGAUGGAUGUCGGCACAUGUUUGACUGUCGUUGACGUGGGCAUUCAGGUUCUCCGGAAUACUGCUAUCGUAACAUAGUGAACAUCCUUUGCUUCCCAGGCGCGGGGUAUUGCUCGAGCCAGAUUGAUAAUUUUGCUUCCGCCGUCGAUUGUUUCGCUUCUUUCCCAUUGUUUAGGUUAUUAAUGGGGUAGACUACUGGUGAAAUGGUCUAUUGCUUCGUAACUUUUGUGCGACGCAAUUUGACAAUAAUCAGGAUAGCAGGAAAAUGUGAAGAUGUCGUUAGUGAUAAUUCUAAAUAAAAAACGGUGAUCGUAACAUCAAACGAUAACCGGAAAACCUUGGGGCCGGCUUGCUUCCAACGACUACUACUCGUACUAUCGUACCCACAUAAAUAAUAGACGAUGAAACUAUUUUUUUAGUUUUUCUUGCACCGCUGGUUUUUCAAGGAUGUAGUACAAUUUCUACGAGGAAAACAGUUCUCAAAUCGGAAACAGUUAUGGUUUUAACCGGUGAUUACCGGCACGACAAAUUGUAGGUUAGUACUAGUAAUACAUAUGAUUGUUUCGUACAACGACCCCUGUCGACUGACGAUGAUGAGUGCGAGUUGGAACUUUUCUCAAUGAAAAAAAGAAAAUAAAUCAAAAAUCUAAAAGGACACUUUCUCAUCUCCUCCAGAGAUGCCGCGGUCUGAAAAACACCCACACGAACAAACUGGCAAUAGGAUGAUAAUUCGCAGGCAACGUAAAAUAACAAAUAACUGUCAGGUGACUGAUAUGACACAUAACAUUUGCAGCGAACAGAAUUCUAACGCUAUACGUUUCUAAAUAUGGACGAAAACAACGAACCUGAAUGGGAAUCUGCGUCAAACGACCAGGCAUUUCGUGAGCAAGUGAGAGAAGUGCACGCACGCGAAACAAGAGGUGGAGCCCCACAAGCUAGCGAAGAGCCGGUUUCCCCGGCUGUCACUUCCGUGAGGUGGGAUUUAGGAGAAGACAACUCGAACAACCAAAACGGCAAUGACGUUUCCUUCCUAACGUCCGAAACCCAGAAUAUACCAGAGACGAAUGCGAAUGCAUCCGGCAGACGAAGGGGACUCGCAUCAUCAUUAUGCUCGAAUUGUCGAUCGAAGUGUUCGCUGAGAUAUUUUCUGCAUGUCUGGGACAUUGCAUUUACAUCGAUUUGGAUUUUAUUUGGAGCGUAUCAUCUCUUCUUCAACAAAAACAAUGAAUCUUCUCGCUCGACACACAUGAUAUUACUACUUGUGACCUGUGUUCUGCUGGCGGUUUUGAACGCUCUUCGUGGUUUCCUUUGGAUCUGGACAUCCGUUCCUUCGCUCUAUACGAUCUGCUUCUGCGGGUGCUGCUACUACAGCGAAGACGAAUUGGCCGACAUAGCAUCGAGACUGGCAACGAAUUUGACGCUGAGUCUUGGAAUACUGUAUGGUGGCAUUGCAGGGGUCGCAUGGUUCGGUCCCGACGCGUGGCUGCCGUGGUGCGACUUUUUUGGAUCGUGGUGCCACAAACUUAUUCCAACCCAUACGGGAAUACCAAUCGCUCUGACCGCAGUGUCCAUCAUCGAACUUUGCAGAUGGAUCUUCUUGCAGGGGCAGUUAUCAUCGUCUUCUCCGGUGCGCGGAGCGGAUUAUUACAACGACGACGUUGCGUCGUCGCAUUCGCAAAGCAGCCGGCACCGUCCUUGGUGGUUCGGUCGACAGAGCAACCCUGAUGGCGAUGGCCUGCACGAGCCGCUUCUAGAACAAGAUAUGGCAGUAAAUGGACAACCAAGCUGGGCGGUGACAUCGUGGUUCAGAAGUCCGAGAAACACUAACUCGAACACCAGCAACGCAGAGGACGGUGUCAUUAAUGGUGACGAGGAGGAUGUAGAAUCUGUGUUGGACUCGUUAGGGGAAGAUUGGGCAUCGAGAGCAGAAUCGGACCCCUACUGGUGGACCCGUUAGAACGCUGAGUUUGCAGAAAUUUGAUGCGCAUUGCUGCACGGGUUCUGAAAGAUUAGGUUCUAAAAGUUGAAAUCAUCCCUGCAUUUUACAAUGAAAGAAUGUUGAUACC